CUGGGUCAUCAUUUGGGGCUCUGGCAGGGUGUGGGGGGAACGGCCCCCUGCCCUCUGUGGCAUGUCUGUCGACCUGCACCUGGGGGGCUGGAGGAGGGUGGGCAGCCUGGACUAGUACCUCUGACUCAUCCUGGCUGUCCCCCCCAGGCCGGUCCCCGGGAACAGCUGCCCGCCAUGCGCACUGUCUGCCUCCUCCCACUGCUCCUCCUCGCCCUGGGGGGCUCCCUGGGCAGCCGCAGGCCCUUCCCCACCUUCUCGGUAACAGACACCACACUCACCCACCUGGCCGUGCACCGGGUGACCGGGGAGGUGUUUGUGGGUGCAGUGAACCGCAUCUUCAAGCUGGCCCCCAACCUGACCGAGCUGCGGGCCCACGUCACGGGGCCCGUCCAGGACAACGCCCGGUGCUACCCACCCCCCAGCAUGCGCGUGUGCGCCCACCACCUGGCGCCCGUGGACAACGUGAACAAGCUGCUGCUCAUCGACUACGCGGCCCGCCGCCUGGUGGCCUGUGGCAGCAUCUGGCAGGGCAUCUGCCAGUUCCUGCGCCUCGACGACCUCUUCAAGCUGGGCGAGCCCCACCACCGCAAGGAGCACUACCUGUCGGGGGCCCAGGAGCCCGACUCCAUGGCCGGCGUGAUCGUGGAGCAGGGCCAGGGGCCCAGCAAGCUGUUUGUGGGCACUGCCGUGGACGGCAAGUCCGAGUACUUCCCCACCCUGAGCUCCCGCAAGCUCGUCGGGGAUGAGGACGGCGCCGACAUGUUCAGCCUGGUGUACCAGGAUGAGUUCGUCUCCUCGCAGAUCAAGAUCCCCUCGGACACGCUGUCCUUGUACCCCGCCUUCGACAUCUACUAUGUCUACAGCUUUGUGAGCGCCUCCUUCGUCUACUUCCUGACGCUGCAGCUGGACACGCAGCAGACCCUGCUGGACACGGCGGGCGAGAAGUUCUUCACGUCCAAGAUCGUGCGCAUGUGCGCCAGGGACUCGGAGUUCUACUCGUACGUGGAGUUCCCCAUCGGCUGCUCCUGGCGCGGCGUGGAGUACCGCCUGGUGCAGAGCGCCCACCUGGCCAAGCCUGGCCUGCUGCUGGCCCAGGCCCUGGGCGUGCCGGCCGACGAGGACGUGCUCUUCACCGUCUUCUCUCAGGGCCAGAAGAACCGCGCCAGCCCGCCUCGGCAGACCAUCCUCUGCCUCUUCACGCUCAGAGACAUCAACGCCCACAUCCGCCGGCGCAUCCAGUCGUGCUACCGCGGGGAGGGCACCCUGGCCCUGCCCUGGCUGCUCAACAAGGAGCUGCCCUGCAUCAACACCCCCAUGCAGAUCAACGGGAACUUCUGCGGGCUACUGUUGAACCAGCCUCUGGGUGGCCUGCGCGUGAUCGAGGGGCUGCCCCUGCUGGCCGACAGCGGCGAGGGCAUGGCCAGUGUGGCCGCCUACACAUACCGGCAGCACUCCGUGGUGUUCGUCGGCACACGCAGCGGCAGUCUGAAGAAGGUGCGGGUGGACGACUCCCAGGAGGCCCGUCUGUAUGAGACGGUGCCGGUGGUGGAUGGCCCUGUGCUCCGAGACUUGCUCUUCAGCCCUGACCACCAGCACAUCUACCUCCUGAGUGAGAAACAGGUGAGCCAGCUCCCGGUGGAGACCUGUGAGCAGUACCUGAGCUGUGAAGCAUGCUUGGGCUCUGGGGACCCGCACUGUGGCUGGUGCGUGCUGCAGCACAGGUGCUGCCGGGAGGGGGCCUGUCCUGGCGCCUCUGCUCCGCGCGCCUUUGCCGAGGAGCUGGGCAAGUGUGUCCAGGUGCGAGUGCGGCCCAACAACGUGUCCGUGACGUCGCCUGGGGUGCAGCUGACCGUAGCCAUGCGCAACGUGCCCGACCUCGGCGCGGGUGUCAGCUGUGCCUUUGAGGAGGCGACGGAGAGCCAGGCCGUCCUGCUGCCCUCCGGGGAGCUGCGCUGCCUCUCGCCCUCUCCACAGGAGCUCCGGGCUCUCACCAGGGGGCACGGGGCCGUGCGCACCGUGCGCCUCCAGCUGUUCUCCAGGGAGUCGGGCGUCAGCUUUGCCGAGGCCGACUUUGUCCUCUACAACUGCAGCGUCUGGCAGUCGUGCGUGUCCUGCGUUGGCAGCCCAUACCCCUGCCACUGGUGUAAGUACCGCCACGUGUGCACCAGUCACCCCCACGAGUGCUCCUUCCAGGAGGGCAGGGUCCGCAGCCCCGAGGGCUGCCCUGAGAUCCUGCCCAGCGGGGACCUCCUCAUCCCUGUCGGGGUCAUGCAGCCGGUCACCCUGCGGGCCAAGAAUUUGCCGCAGCCGCAGUCAGGCCAGAAGAACUACGAGUGCGUGGUCCGCGUGCAGGGCCGGCAGCAGCGCGUGCCCGCCGUGCGCUUCAACAGCAGCAGCGUGCAGUGUCAGAACGCCUCGUACUCCUACGAUGGCGACGAGCACGGGGACGCCGAACUGGACUUCUCUGUGGUCUGGGAUGGACACUUCGCCAUCGACAAGCCUCCCACCUUCCGAGCCCUCUUGUACAAGUGCUGGGCACAGCGGCCCAGCUGUGGCCUCUGCCUUAAAGCUGACCCCCGCUUCAACUGCGGCUGGUGCAUCUCGGAGCACAAGUGCCAACUACGGGCCCACUGCCCAGUUCCCAAAACCAACUGGAUGCACCCGAGCCAGAAGGGCGCGCGCUGCAGCCACCCCCGCAUCGCCCAGAUACACCCACUCGUGGGGCCCAAGGAAGGAGGCACCCGGGUCACCAUCAUGGGCGAGAACCUGGGCCUGUCUUCGCGAGAGGUGGGGCUGCGGGUGGCUGGCGUGCGCUGCAACCCCGUUCCCGCUGAGUACGUGAGCGCUGAGAGGGUUGUGUGUGAGAUGGAGGGGUCACUCGUGCCCAGCCCGCCCCCCGGGCCCGUGGAGCUGUGCGUGGGGGACUGUUCUGCUGACUUCCGCACUCAGUCAGAGCAGCUGUUCAGCUUUGUGACCCCAACCUUCGACCACGUGAGUCCCAGUCGGGGCCCAGCUGCAGGCGGCACGCGGCUCACCAUCUCGGGCAGUGCUCUGGACGCGGGCAGCAGGGUCACUGUGACCGUGAGGGAUGGCGAGUGCCAGUUUGUGAGGAGGGACGCCCAGGCGAUCGUGUGCAUCUCGCCCGUCUCCACCCUGGGCCCCAGCCAGGCCCCCAUCACCCUGGCCAUUGACCGGGCCAACAUUUCGAGUCCUGGGGUGCUCUACACCUACACCCAGGACCCCACCGUCACCCGCCUGGAGCCUGCCUGGAGCAUCAUCAAUGGGAGCACCGCCAUCACCGUGAGCGGGACGCACCUGCUGACGGUUCAGGAGCCCCGGGUCCGGGCCAAGUACCGAGGCAUCGAGACCACCAACACGUGCCAGGUGAUCAAUGACACCGCCAUGCUGUGCAAGGCUCCUGGCAUCUUCCCGGGGCGGCCCCAGCCACGGGCCCAGGGCGAGCACCCCGACGAGUUUGGCUUCCUGCUUGACCACGUCCAGACGGCACGUUCCCUGAACCGCUCCUCCUUCACCUACUACCCCGACCCCAGCUUUGAGCCGCUCGGGCCUGCAGGCGUCCUGGAUGUCAAGCCUGGCUCUCACGUGGUGCUGAAGGGCAAGAACCUGAUCCCCGCCGCCCCCGGCAGCUCCCGCCUCAACUACACGGUGUUGAUCGGGGGCCAGCCGUGUGCGCUCACCGUCUCUGACACACAGCUCCUGUGCAACUCGCCCAGCCAGACGGGCCGGCAACCUGUCACGGUGCUGGUGGGCGGCCUGGAGUUCUGGCUGGGCACCCUGCACAUCACGGCGGAGCGGGCCCUGACGCUGCCGGCCCUGGCGGGGCUGGCGGCGGGGGGCGGGCUCCUGCUGCUGGCCAUCACCGCCGUGCUGGUGGCGUACAAGCGGAAGACGCAGGACGCGGACCGCACGCUCAGGCGGCUCCAGCUGCAGAUGGACAACCUGGAGUCCCGGGUGGCUCUGGAGUGCAAGGAAGCCUUUGCUGAGCUGCAGACGGACAUCAACGAGUUAACCAACCACAUGGCCGGGGUGCAGACCCCCUUCCUGGACUACCGGACCUACGCCGUGCGCGUGCUCUUCCCAGGCAUCGAGGCCCAUCCGGUGCUCAAGGAGCUGGACACACCCCCCAACGUCGAGAAGGCCCUGCGCCUCUUCGGGCAGCUGCUGCACAGCCGAGCCUUCGUCCUCACCUUCAUCCACACGCUGGAGGCCCAGAGCAGCUUCUCCAUGCGCGACCGCGGCACCGUGGCCUCGCUCACCAUGGUGGCCCUGCAGAGUCGCCUCGACUACGCCACGGGGCUGCUCAAGCAGCUGCUGGCCGACCUCAUCGAGAAGAACCUGGAGAGCAAAAACCACCCGAAGCUGCUGCUCCGCAGGACCGAGUCGGUGGCUGAGAAGAUGCUCACCAACUGGUUCACGUUCCUGCUUCAUAAGUUCCUGAAGGAGUGCGCCGGGGAGCCGCUCUUCCUGCUCUACUGCGCCAUCAAGCAGCAGAUGGAGAAGGGCCCCAUCGACGCCAUCACUGGCGAGGCGCGCUACUCGCUGAGCGAGGACAAGCUCAUCCGCCAGCAGAUCGACUACAAGACGCUGACCCUGCACUGUGUGUGCCCGGAGAGCGAGGGCAGCGCUCAGGUCCCGGUGAAGGUUCUCAACUGCGACAGCAUCACCCAGGCCAAAGACAAGCUGCUCGAUGCUGUAUACAAGGGUGUCCCGUACUCUCAGCGCCCCAAAGCUGAGGACAUGGACUUGGAGUGGCGCCAGGGCCGCACGGCCCGCAUCGUCCUGCAGGACGAGGACGUCACCACCAAGAUCGAGUGCGACUGGAAGAGGGUCAACUCGCUGGCUCACUACCAGGUGACAGAUGGCUCCUUGGUGGCACUGGUGCCCAAGCAGGUGUCUGCCUACAACAUGGCCAACUCUUUCACCUUCACCCGCUCCCUCAGCCGCUACGAGAGCUUGCUGCGCACGGCCAGCAGCCCUGACAGCCUCCGCUCUCGAGCCCCGAUGAUCACGCCCGACCAGGAGACAGGCACCAAGGUGUGGCAUCUGGUGAAGAACCACGACCACGCUGACCACCGCGAAGGGGACCGCGGCAGCAAGAUGGUGUCCGAAAUCUACCUGACGCGCUUGCUGGCCACCAAGGGCACGCUGCAGAAGUUCGUGGACGACCUGUUUGAAACCGUGUUCAGCACAGCGCACCGCGGCAGCGCCCUGCCGCUGGCCAUCAAGUACAUGUUCGACUUCCUGGAUGAGCAGGCCGACCGGCGCCAGAUCAGCGACCCCGAUGUGCGCCACACCUGGAAGAGCAACUGCCUGCCCCUGCGCUUCUGGGUGAACGUGAUCAAGAACCCGCAGUUCGUGUUCGACAUCCACAAGAGCAGCAUCACGGACGCCUGCCUGUCGGUGGUGGCCCAGACCUUCAUGGACUCCUGCUCCACGUCCGAGCACCGGCUGGGCAAGGACUCGCCCUCCAACAAGCUGCUCUACGCCAAGGACAUCCCCAGCUACAAGAGCUGGGUGGAGAGGUACUACCGAGACAUCGCCAAGAUGGCGUCCAUCAGCGACCAGGACAUGGAUGCCUACCUGGUGGAGCAGUCCCGCCUCCACGCCAAUGACUUCAACGUCCUGAGUGCACUCAGUGAGCUCUACUUCUAUGUCACGAAGUACCGCCAGGAGGUUCUCAGUGCUCUGGACCUAGACGCCUCUUGCCGGAAGCAUAAGUUGCGCCAGAAGCUGGAACAGAUCAUUGGCCUCGUGUCCAGCAACAGCUAAGGGGGGUGCAGUGGGCGAGGAGGGGGCUUCUCAGGCCUGAGCCGUGUGCGCAUGCUGGAGCUCGGGGGUGGUCCCCGGAUCGGGUGGCACGGGGCCCCUUCGUGAGUGCCUUGCUUUGGGCCCUGCUGGGGAGGGGUGACAGGACCAAGCCCCCUGGCCCCACAGCAGCAAUACCCCCAGCCUCCUGUCCUGCUGCCCAGGUGACGUGCGUGGCCUGCCCCUGCCAACGCGUCCUGGCCACCUAUUUAUUGAACUGUGCCCCUCCCUCAGUGCCCACCCCCCAGGGGCUGCCCACCCCUCACUCUCCUCUUCUGGACAGUGUCACUCCAGCCUGGCCACACACCUCCUCGCGUCAUGGCCGGCUGCAGCUGGCCCUGAGAGGGCCUCGAUGUUAGCUGCACUUGGAGUGGCUGAGGCCCCUGCAGCCCAGCAGAUAUGGCUGUGACGGGGUCCCCGCGGACCUGGCCCGCAGCACUCCCAGCGCCUCCAGAGUUGGGCUCUGCUCAAGGACUGUGCACUCUCUGGGCACCUGGAGAGCUGUGGCCAGGCCUGUAUCGGCCCUGUCCUGCGCCUGGGGGCUCCAGAAUGCUCUUUCGCACAGCCCCACUGCCAGGCGUCCUCAGUGUUGUCUGUGCUCGCCAGAGCCGGGACCCCGCGCUCAGCCGCCCUCCCGCGCCGACGCCAGGGCCGAGGCGGCAGUGCCUUACUCCUCCCUUCGUCUGUCUCCUCGGAUGAGUCCGGCUCUGGCUCCUGGCCCCGGAAGCCCCCUUCUCUCCUCUUUGGUUGCAUGAGUUUUUCUUUCUUCAUGUGAACUUUUUUC